CGAAUUGCUACUCCCAAGUCCUACAUGGACUUAUUUUGCCAGCUCCCGCGCUUUUUCAAACCAUGAGAGCAACGGUCUUCUCGUUCAAAUUACCUUCUUAUUUAAAAACGAAUCAUCCCCUUCACUGUUUUUUACCCAAAUGAGUUCUCUGAUUCACCGAACCUUCCAAGCUAAGACUUCAAUUCCCUCUCUCAGAUUCAUUUCCGCCCUCGCCGUUGUUGAUGAUGAUAUCACCAUUUUUAAUCCUUAUAGUCUCUUCGGUGGUCAAACUAGAACCCGUGAUCCCACAAUCAGAGAGACUAAAAUUUAUCACGCAUAUUUCAUCAAAACAGCCGUAAUUCAAUCCGACCUAGUAAUCGCCAAUACUCUGGCUGAUAAUUACUGCAAGUGUGCGGCAAUGGGAGAUGCCCUCCUUUUGUUUGACGAAAUCCCUCACUCAAAUCUUAUCUCUUGGAACCUCAUGAUAUCAGGUUACAACCAGAGCUCAAAAUUCGAGGAUGCGUGGAGAAUGUUUUGCAGAAUCCAUUCUUCUGGGCUCACUCCCAACCAAUUCACAUACGGGAGUGUUCUGUCAGCUUGCACUGCCUCUCAAGCUCUUUUUCCUGGUAAGCAGGUUUACUCUCUUGUAAUUAAAAACGGGUUCUUUUCUGAUGGGUAUGUAAGGACUGGAAUGAUAGACCUCUUUGCCAAAAAUUGCUGUUUUGAGGAUUCGCUGAGGUUAUUUCGAGAUGUUACAUGUGAGAAUGUGGUCUGUUGGAAUGCCAUAGUUGCUGGUGCCGUUAGAAACAGGGAGAACUUUGUGGCAUUAGAUCUUUUUCGCCAAAUGUUAGGUGGGUUUUUGGUGCCAAAUAGUUUUACCUUUUCAAGUAUUUUAACUGCUUGUACUGCAGUUGGAGACCUGGAGAUGGGUAGAGGGAUUCAUGGAUGUGUACUCAAAUGUGGUGCAGGAGAUGAUGUCUUUGUGGGAACCGCCAUUGUUGAUCUUUAUGCCAAAUGUGGUGAUAUUGAUGAAGCUCUGAAGGAAUUCUUGUGGAUGCCAAUCCACAACGUGGUUUCAUGGACUGCCAUAAUUUCUGGUUUUGUUCAGAAUGAGGAUUACAUUUCUGCUCUCCAAUUCUUCAAACAAAUGAGGGAAAAAGGGGAGGAAGUUAAUAUUUACACCAUCACGAGUGUACUCCGAGCUGUCGCUAAUACAGAAAUGGUGAGAGAAGCAAUCCAAAUUCAUUCCUGGAUUUUGAAAACUGGUUUCUAUUCAGAUUCCACAGUAAGAGAUUCUUUGAUCAAUAUGUACUCCAAACUAGGAGCAGUUGAUAUGUCUGAAGUGCUAUUUAGAGAAACAGGGAACACCAAGCAGGUGGGUACUUGGGCAUCUAUGUUAUCUGCAUUUGCUCAGAACCAGAGUUUUGGAAGGACAAUUGAGUUUUUUAGGAGGAUGCUUCAGGAAGGUCUGGGCCCUGAUGCACUCUGUUGCUCUAGCACUUUGAGUAUUAUUGGAUGUUUACAGUUGGGGAGACAGAUACACUGUUACAUUUUUAAAGCUGGGUUGAUCUUUGAUGUCUCUGUGGCUUGUGCUCUUUUUACAAUGUACUCCAAGUGUGAUAGUUUAGAGGAAUCUUAUGACAUUUUUGAACAAAUCAAUGACAAAGAUGAAGUGUCAUGGACAUCAAUGAUUGCUGGUUUUGCAGAACAUGGCUACACAGAUUGGGCUUUUCAUUUGUUCCAAAAUAUGCAGCUUGAGGAAAUUAGAAUCAGUCCAAUGACCUUAUCUGCUGUUCUCACUGCAUGUUCUUCACUAAGAUCCUUACAGAAAGGUAAGGAAGUUCACGGGUAUGCUCUUCGCAUGGGAGUUGCUAUGGAGACACUUGUUGGUGGUGCACUUGUAACUAUGUACUGGAAAUGUGGAGCCCUGGUUUCUGCUAGUCAGGUUUUCGAAAAAAUGCCUAAAAAAGACCAGGUCUCAGGGGCAUCAUUGCUUUCAGGGUAUGCCCAAAAUGGAUACAUUGAAGAAGCAUUCUUGAUGUUGCGUGAAUGGCUGAUGGUUGGUUUGGAGAUUGACUGCUUCAUGAUCUCAUCACUUCUUAGUGUAGGCGCAACUUUAACAAGCUCAACUCUAGGUAACCAAUUACACACCUACAUCCUGAAAGCAGGCCUACAUUCAGACCUUUCAGUGGGCAGUUCGCUUGUUAUAAUGUAUUCAAAAUGUGGCAGCAUUGAUGAUGCUCGUAAAGUGUUUGAUUGGAUUGAAAAACCUGACUUGGUCACCUGGACAUCUAUGAUCGUGGGCUAUGCUCAACAUGGAAAAGGUGCGGAAGCUCUGGGACUGUACAAGCUUAUGAGAAAAGAAGGAACGAUACCUGAUUCAGUGACUUUUGUUGGGGUUUUAUCUGCUUGCAGUCAUAAUGGUUUGGUGGAAGAAGGUCUUUUCCAUUUGAAUUCGAUGACUAGAGACUAUGGAAUUGAACCAGGUCCCCAUCAUUAUGCAUGUAUGGUUGACCUACUCGGCCGGUCAGGGAGAUUGAGAGACGCUGAAAGAUUUAUCAGUGACAUGCCUAUUGAACCUGAUGCUUUAGUGUGGGGAACUUUACUUGGUGCUUGCAGAUUACAUGGUGACGUUGAGCUUGGAAGGCUAGCAGCUGAAAGAGUUCUUGAGUUGGAUCCUGGUGAUGCUGGAGCUUAUAUCUCAUUGUCAAACAUCUGUGCAGAUCAGGGCAACUGGGAAGAAGUCAUGAAGAUCAGAGGUCUGAUGAAGGGAACUGGGAUUAAGAAGGAACCAGGAUGGAGUUCUGUGUGAUUAUGAGAAGUAUAUCUCACAGGAUCCGUCAUUUGGAUCUUUUGUUGGAUUCUAUUAAGGUUCUAUGCUGCAAAGACAUCCCGGCACCACCACUUACAAACAAGUUUUCAUGGAGUCACCAAAACUAAUACGAUCUUUUGUUAGGUUUAACCCAAAUUAAAUUGAGGGAUACAUAUCUUUUGUAUGUGUAACAACAUUCUCAUGGCUUCUUCUGUAAAAUAUAGUUUUGCGGAGCCAGU